AAAAAAAUCAGGAAUAAAUAUCGGAUAAUCAGAAACCAUUUUAAGGAGAGAAAAUCCUCCACACAGACAGAGAGCGAAGCAAGCUGAAGACGGUGGUGUACCAAAAAAUGGCGUUUCAACUGUAUUCUUCAACGGCCUCAGCUCUCCCGCGCUUCUCUUCGCGCUCCAGUUCCUCCACAAAGCAUUCCUCGAAUUCGGAUUCAGCUGGAGUUUCUGUGAGGUGCAGCUUGGAUAACGAGAAUUGCUCUUCCUCUGGCCAUUCAUCAGAAAACAAUGAGAAAGUGGUCUUCAACAAGUCAAGACGUUGGUGUCUGACUUGUUUGUGUUCAACUGUGGCAUUGAUAAAUGUGCCUGGAAGUUCUUCUGAACCUAAGGCAGUUGCAAUGGAUGGAAUGGAUAGAGCUGCUUGUCGCAAUUGUGGGGGUAGUGGUGCUGUUAUCUGUGAUAUGUGUGGUGGUACAGGAAAAUGGAAAGCUUUGAAUAGAAAACGGGCAAAAGAUGUUUAUGAGUUUACCGAAUGUCCAAAUUGCUAUGGUAGAGGGAAACUCGUCUGUCCUGUAUGCUUAGGUACUGGUUUGCCCAACAACAAAGGUUUACUUAGAAGACCAGAUGCCAAAAAAUUACUGGACAAAAUGUACAAUGGUCGGUUACUACCAAACUCUUAGGGAUGCAGUUUUCACCGUCUUGUUGAUGGCAGCCUGACAUUGCAGAAGCAUGUCAAUUGUCGAUGCAGAUAUAAUACAACCAGUGUGUGGAAAGAAAGAUUUGAGCCAACCCACCUAUGAACAAACCCUUCUCCGGAGAGAACCCUUCUCAUUUUUGUCCCGUAAUAUUGAUUAGUAAUAAUUCUAGAGUUAAAGGGUGGCUUUUUUCUGCUCGUUUUGGCGUGUAAAUGUAACAAUGUAAGUAUUCAUGUUUGGUUCACAUACAUAGAUCAGGUAAAUUCAUUAAAAUGAUGUACUUGAGAUGAACUUUUUACCAUUUUUGAUGGGUUAAACUAAGGAAAAACAUUGAUUUUCAUUUCUCGAGCUAAUGUCACCAACCGAGAAGGGCCUGGAGCCUACACAUAUUGCCAGAUGUAGAAGCAUGUAGCAUUACACGUGCUAUAUCAACAUGGAAGAGUGUACAAAUAUAAGAUUUGAUACUUCUGUUAUCUGCAUUUAUUUUCUAAGAAUAGCUUUAAGUUAUCCAAAGAAAAGAAGAAGAUGAAAGAAGCCCAAAAGAGUUCUUCUAAAUCAACAUCAACGGAUGAAGAGGGACAAGGAGAGUUGUAUUCCCCAGCUUUUGCCGUAAAAGUUGAUACUGCGCACAAAAACCAGCAGCCGCCGACCAAUGAAGAAGGAAAUGGAGGCGAAAAGAAGGGUCGAAGGAAGGAAGAAAAGAGCGCCAAAGAAGGAAGAGGAGAUAAACAGGGAAAAUCUCAUCAUCAGCAGCAGCAGAAGCA